AUGUCGGCCUCAGCUGCUCAGGGCAGGACUGGGCACGCAGGUCGUGCGGCACGUGCUCGAGUGUUUUUGCGGCUUUUUCUGGUUGCAGCCCUUUGGUCGGGCGCUGCGUACAGUGGCCUCGUGGCCUUCACCAACUCGGCGGUGCCCCGCCCCAGGGCUCCUUUGGCUAGGAAUGCAGAGGGCGGAACUACUCUUGAGAAGCCACCUGCCGGUAGUCAGUGGCGGCUGAACGUCGGCCGUGCCAUUGACGUGCUGCGCAGGGACAUGGUGGGCCUUUUCGGCCGGGCGCGGUACACGCCCGACUUCUCCAUUUACAGCCACAACAUCGAGGUGAUCGACGCCCGGCUGCCCAGCUUUCAGCUGCGGGGCCUGGCCACCUACCAACAGGUGCUGUCCACGCUGCAGUGGUCAGUGCGCACCGCCUGCGACCGCAGCCAGUUGGAGAUCACGUCCAUGACACCGCCUGUCAACAAUCAGAUGUACCUCAGGUGGCGCCUCAAGCUUUGGUUCAAGGACGUGCGAUCUUGGCUGGGCCUCAGCCACUACACCUUGCGAGAGGCGGUCCGCAAAUGGCAAGAGGGAUAA